CUUUACGUAUCUUGCAAUAACUAACCGGUCGAUUGUAUGCUGUUGUCAUUGCUGGUUCAUCUUAGAGGUGAAAGUUGUUUACGAAAAUAUAGCGUUUAAUUAUUACGACGUAUAAUGAACCGAAUUUUACCUAGAAGAAUUGCAUCAGUUAUGUUUGCAUCAAUGCGUGGCAUUGGAGAAUGGGGUAGUGGAGCAGGAAAGGGUGGUGGAUCAGGUGGCUCUGUAAGAGAUGCUGGUGGAAGUUUUGGUAAGAUGGAAGUUGCCCGAGAAGAAGAAUAUUUCCGAAGACAGCAAAAAGAGCAGAUACAAAAAUUAAAGUCUCAUUUGCAAGAAGAGAUCACUCAUCAUGAAGAUCAGAUUAAAAAGUUAGAAGCUGAAAUCCAGCGACACAAAUCUAAAAUUACUGAGUUAAACCAGGAAGAAAGCACAGUAGGAAAAUAGACUUCAGUGCAUUUUGUUAGUUCUCUUUUUCCAUUUGAUCUAUACUUAUGAAAUUUGAUAAUGUAAAAAAGUAUUCUGUGGUAUCAAAUGUAAGGCAUUUAUGUAUUGCUUGAUUAAAGAAUGAACAUUAAAUACAAA